AUGGAAAACAAAUCUUUUGGGUUCAGCUUUGAAUUAACCCUGGACCCAUUUGUUAUUCCACCUGGAGGGAAGUAUCCCAUUUUCUUUUUUGGUAUUGCAAUUUAUUUUUUUGGCAUUUUUUGCAACCUGACCUUACUGAUUUUGAUCAUUGUGAAGAGGAACCUUCACAAGCCCAUGUAUUUUAUCCUGUUUAGUCUUCCUCUCAAUGAUCUGAUAGGUAUAACUGCCAUGCUACCAAAAGUGCUUUCAGACAUUGUCACUGAGACUAAUAAGGUUUACUAUCCUUUGUGCGUUUUACAAGCAUUCUUACUCCAUAUGUAUGGUGGUGGUAUUCUGUUUAUCCUGGCAGCAAUGUCUUUUGAUCGUUAUGUUGCCAUCUGUAUGCCAUUACGCUACAGCUCCAUUAUGACACCCAGAGGUGUUACUUGUAUUAUCUUUCUAGUUUGGGGUCUUGACUUUGUCUUGAUUGUAUCACUGUUCUCUUUGCAGACACGGCUUCCUAGGUGUAAAUCUGUAAUUAUGAAUGUCUUCUGUGAUAACCCAUCUCUUCUGAAACUCACAUGUGGGAACACGGCCAUCAAUAAUAUCAUAGGAUUAUUUAACACAGCCAUCAUGCAAGCUGUAAGUGUGUCUGUUCAGGCAUUUUCAUAUGUCAAGAUUCUGAUCACGUGUGUGGUCACAAGGAGGUCUGAAACCAAGACAAAAGCUGUCAACACGUGUGUUGCACAGUUGGUUAUAUUAGUCAUAUUUGAGAUAGCCGGGACUUUCACAAUUUUAUCUCACAGGUUUAAAAAUGUGUCAGCUGACUUGCAGAAGAUAAUGGGCAUGCUAAUAUUUCUUGUACCUCCACUUCUGAAUCCAAUUGUGUAUGGACUGUAUACAAAUGAAAUACGAAGCACUUUCCUGAGAGUCUUAAAAAAUAGAUUCACCAACUGA